CAAAGUUCCCGCUCGCCAUGUUCAGGCCAACAGAUGCAUCAUCCAGGAGACACCCAUGUGGUAGAAGCGGGCUGAACUUGCCCCAGGUUCCCCUGUCAUCUUCAACGUCCAACCAGCAGGGUCGGACUCGAGCUGUGGAGGUGGUGAGAGGGAGGACAGGAUAUGGCUUCACGCUGUCAGGUCAAAGCCCGUGUGUCCUCAGCUGCAUCCUGAAAGGGAGUCCUGCAGACUACGUGGGUCUGCGAUCUGGAGACUACAUCCUGUCUGUCAAUGACAUCAACGUCUCCAAGGCGUCGCACGAAGAUGUGGUCAAACUGAUCGGGCGAUGCUCCGGAGUCCUAAAGUUAGUUAUCGCUGAGGGAGAGCGGCGCCGACGCCACAGUCACCAACAUGGUGCCGCUGCUGGCCGUCACCACAGCAGCACCGCGAUGCCGGCGUCCUACCUGGACUCAGGCUCCAGUGAUGAUGAGUUGGAUUGCUUCUAUGGCAACAGCAUCAACAACAAUAACAAUCGAACUGCUGGUGGAGCCCGGGGGGGUUGGUACAAAACCAAACUGGAUUCUAAGCAGCUGGGCAUCAACCGAGCGGAGAAGGUGGUUGCGGAGCUGCAGUCCGGAGGGAUCUUUAACAUGAUCUUUGAGAAUUCCAGCCACUCCUCCAGCAGCUCUGACAAGGACCGGCCCAGUGCGAGCCGCACGUCUAAACCACGCCCACUGUCUGAUCCGGAAUUCUCUCCAUAUCGGACCUCCUGUUCCCAUAGCGACCCCAACUUGCUCUCUGAGGAGGAGAUGGCCCAAGUGCUCAAUGAUGAUUCAGUCUUCCUGGACUCAGACUUCCAUCAUCUCCACCUUCAUCACCUGGAAGAGCACGGGGUGGAUGUUGGAGAUCAGGGGGAUUUGGGACUGGAGCCCAGUGAUGGGAUCUUGAACGUGGGCAUGAUUGUUGGCUAUCUGGGCUCCAUUGAGCUGGCCUCCACGGGGACCAGCCUGGAAAACGACAGUCUGCAGGCCAUCAGAGGCAGCAUGAGACGGCUCAGAGCUGAGCAAAAAAUCCACUCCCUGGUCCUGAUGAAGGUCAUGCACGACAGUGUGCACCUAUGCAGCGACAGAGGUCAUGUACUGGCAACCUAUCCUGCAGAAAAACUAGCAUUCAGCGCCUGUUGUCCUGAUGACCGGCGGUUCUUCGGCCUGGUGACGAUGCAGGUGACGGACGGCCAGGAUGAUAGCCAUUACAGCAGCGGACGAGAGGAAGAAGGCGGUUUGAGGACUUCGUGUCACGUUUUCAUCGUGGACCCUGACCUUUGUCACCACCAGGUCCAUUUGGGCGUGGCCCGGAGGUUCGGCUUCGAGUGUACCCCCGACCCAGACACCGGAGGCUGCCUGGAAUUUCCUCAGAGUUCUCAGCCACUCCUCCACUUCGUCUCUUGCCUGUACCGAGACAUGGGGGAUAACAUCGAAGGUGUCCGGGCUCGUGCCUUCCAUGAUCCAGACAACGACGCCCAACAGAACCAUAGCACCAGCAGUAACAGCGACAGCGGAAUCGGCAACUUUUUACCAGAGGAGAAAAGCAACAGAGUGCUUUUAGUCGACCUCGGAGGUCCUCCAAACCACAGUCACAUGUCCGGGCCACGCCAGUGGGACAGUCCACCUUCUUCCCAGCAGGCCUGGAGCCCCACCUUUGGCGCUGCAGUUUCUUACCCGCCUCCCCCUCCGCCCACCCUCAGAAAUGGCCAGUGUUCCUACCGCCACGACCCACAUUUGGCUGACCUCCCCCACCCUCUCCCCUUGUCUCACCCUGAUGUCCCUGGCCGGCACUCUCAAGGAGGUCACCCACACCUACAUCACUACUCAGCAGGCAAAAGGGGAGGAGCUGUGGGAGGAGGAGGAGGAGUGGAGCCACAGCGCUGGUUGCCAGUCCAUGUGCUGAGAGACUGGCGUCAGCAGCAGCACCACAGCAACUUCCAGGGCCGGAGCAGCGACCAGGAGUCCUACGCCGAGUCCACCGACGGCUGGUCAUCGGCUAACUGCAGCACGCUACCGCCGCCCAUGAAUAAGAUCCCAGCCGACCGUUACCGGGCGCCACUAGCCCCCGGAGAACACCUGCCACAGUCCGGAGGGAGCCAGCCUCCUCCUCCUCCUCCUGUGCCUCCUCCUCCCUCCCACACCCACCUGGUGGCUGUGCAGAGAGAGGAGUGGGCCAGGAAGCUGUUUGGUUCUGGGGACAGGGAGAGGACCAGAGCCGAGGGCAGUGAACGAGAGAAGAAAGGAGGCAGUGCCAAGGAGGGAGAGAAAAAGGGUGGCCGCUUCCGUGGCCUGGCCAUGGGGUUCCCUCCUCUCCCCCAGCGCUCCUCAGCCAGGCGCUCCUUCAGACGCUCCACACGCCUCAGCAUGGCACGCUCCCUGGAUGAUCUGGAGUCUGCUGCAGUCUCCGAUGGAGAGCUGAACAGCGUGGAGCUGCAGGGCUGCAGCAGUGACAACAGUCUGAACAGUAACGCCAGUCUCCCCAGCGUCCAGAGUCACCGGCACCACAGCGAGCGGAGGGUGGCCAGCUGGGCCGUCUGCUUUGAGAGGCUGCUGCAGGACCCCGUGGGAGUGCGGUACUUCUCGGAGUUCUUAAAGAAAGAGUUUAGUGAGGAGAACAUCUUGUUCUGGCAGGCGUGCGAGUUCUUCAGCCAUGUCCCCGAAAAUGACAAGAAGCAGGUUUCUCUACGGGCCAAAGAGAUCUAUAACAGCUUCCUGUCCAGUAAGGCCACCACACCCGUCAACAUCGACAGUCAAGCUCAGCUUGCUGACGACAUCCUCAAUGCUCCCCGGCCUGAUAUGUUCAGGGAGCAGCAACAGCAGAUCUUCAACCUGAUGAAAUUUGACAGCUACACACGGUUCCUCAAGUCUCUGCUCUACCAGGAGUGUAUGCUGGCGGAGGUGGAGGGUCGACCUCUUCCUGACCCCUACCACAUCCCCAGCAGCCCCACCUCCAAAAACAGCACCACAGGCUCCGAGCGCUCCAAUGUCUCCACGCCAAAGAAGGACGAUAAGAAGAACAAGUCGGGCCGUUCGUUGAAUGACGACAGUCGAGAUGACACAGUAGACCGACGGAAGGGAAUGUUCUUCUCGUGGUCUCGCAACAGGAGCUUUGGAAAGGGUCCAAAGAAACGAGAUCUGGCCGACUUCAACUACAACUUCUCUGGCACCAAUGGCCGCCGCGAAUCCCAGGGGUCUCUGUCUUCAGGUGCCAGCCUGGAGCUUGGACCAUCAGGAUUGGGGAGGAACGAGGGUGAUGUUUGCCGCGGCACAGUCUCAGUGGAGCGCGGUGGGAUUAGCGCCCCUCUUAGGCAGUGCAACAUAAGCAUGCCAGAUGGCUCGUGCUGUUCUGUGCCGCUGGGGGCGGGUGUGUCCAUCAGGGAUCUGCUGCUGGGUCUCUGUGAGAAGCUCUGUAUCAACCUGGCAGCUGUAGACCUCUUCCUGGUUGGAGGCGACAAGCCACUGGUUCUGGACCAAGAUUGUAUGACUUUAUGCUCUCGGGACCUCAGACUAGAAAAACGCACUCUUUUCAGACUAGACUUGGUUCCUAUUAACCGGUCAGUGGGCCUAAAAGCAAAGCCAACCAAACCGGUGACUGAGGUCCUGAGGCCUGUGGUGGCCAAAUACGGGCUGCACCUCUCUGAUUUGGUAGCACAUAUUAGUGGCGAGUCGGAGCCGUUAGAUCUCGGUCUUCCUAUAUCCAAUCUGGAUGGGGUUCGAGUGGUGUUAGAUGUAGCGGAAAACAUUCCAGGAAAAGCAGACAAACAAAAAGUAGCUCCUUCCAGAAGUCAAGUUCUGGCCUCCACGAGUAGGAACCAGCCGCCCACAGGGGAGGACAGGCCAUCAGGCAAAGCCGCUUCAGCCCACCCCCACGGGGAAAACGGCAAGGCUGGGCCCAGCCCGGACCCAAGCAUCCAGCUCUUACCCACCCACUCUGUUUCCCUCCAUAAGGCUCCAGAGAAAAGAAACCAGAAAAAGAUUAAUAUAGACGAAGCUGAAGAGUUCUUCGACCUCAUAUCCAAAGCUCAGAGCAACCGAGCAGACGACCAGCGAGGCCUCCUAAACAAAAGUCACCUGCAGCUCCCAGAAUUCCUGCGCCUGUCCCCGGUGUCUCGUCCCUACAACCCCGAGCCCAGCUGCUCCACCCCGAAUUCUCAAAAAUCCCACCAACGGCAACUUCCCGAGCAGCAGUUGCCGGGGCUACAGGUCAACAGCAACAACAGGGGAAGCGUCCACCUGCUCAACGCGAGUCAUCAGUCGCAGAGUUUGGACUCAGCACUGGGCACUGAGAGAGUAGGUGGGAGGAAGUCCAGGCCACCUUUUCCCGGAACGCUCUCCCCCAUCCAGCCACCACAGGGCGCUUGCCACGGCCUCCUCCAGGAGAGUGGCAAAUCAGUUCAGAUGCUGGAGGAGGACGCUUUGUCUGAUCUGACUCUGGUGGGUGAAGGAGACAUUAACAGCCCCAGCCUCACCUACGUCACGCCCUCACCUCUGCCCUGCAAGCCCCUCCCCCGACCCCAGCAACAAGCACAGGACGGUCCACCUACCUCAGGUACUCCUUCCAUCUGAACCCCCUCGAUCCUUUGAACUUUCACCUGCAAGUGGUACUGGAUGCCGUCGCAGACAGUUUGAGGUUCCUGUCUCCUGACCUUUUUGGGUCAGUCCUCAAAAACUGAUUGGCUGCUCCCAGAAUGCAUCCUGGUCUCCUCCCUUCUCUUUAUGUUGCUUCACCGAGAAAUCUCUGUGACUCCAUAAAGUCCAGUUGUUGGUAAAUUAACAACAUAAAAAAACUGUUUGAGUCAAAUUGGUGAUCUUGUGAGUUGAGAUGAAACUCGUAAAUUUUCACCACAUGAAGGGAGGACAACCGGAUGCAGGAAACGUGAAAAGGACUUGCAGCUCGUACCUGCGUGAUGUGGAUCUGUGUGAACCUUUGAGUGGAAGUGCUGUGGAUUGUUUUUUUUUCCUUUUCAAGGCCCCAGGAUGAGCUCAGAAUAACGUGAUGACCAAUGCCAAACUCUCACCAGCACCCCUAGUGUACAGACUCUAAUGAUGCACUUUAGCCUCAUACACACAACUCUCCACAUUUUUACAUCUUUUGUCUUUUCUCUGUUGUUUUUGUACUUCAAAACUUCCCGCUGACACUAAAGUCCAUGAAGGUGUUGUGAGCUGCAGAUCUGCUGCGUAUGUGGUGCGAUCUGUUCUGUACAUCCAGAGAGAGAAAAGCCAUACCUGUAUUGGAAAAUGUAUUUAUUUUCUCACAAUUUUAGGCUCUACAACAGCGCCCCCUGUUGUUACACACAGCGGUCAGAAUGUUGUUGAUUCAUUUUUCAUGUAGGCAAAGAAUUUACUGCUGUCGUUGGUUUACCGUGAUGCAAACAGCUGCUUUCGGUUGUUCUGUAUUAAACAUGAGCAGCUGUGACAUCUCGCCGAGUUCAGAGGGUUUUCCGAGGCCGGCAUUCUGCUGAACACAGAUGAUCACAACUUGGGACAACUUCUUAAAAUUGUGUCUGAUGUAAAUAUGGAGCUCUGUGCACAGCACCAAAUGCAGAAAGGAGGAGCUGCUGUGGAACAACCAUCAGAGGUGCAACAAGUUAACGUCGCGGCACAAAAUGGCGACAGGUGUGAGAGCAGCUUAAUAUUCUACCACUGGGAAAAAUAGACCCUACAGUCACAUUAGCUUUAAGCAACAGCGGCAAAGUGACGACUUAUCGAUCAUUUUCAAUCACAACGGGCAUUUUUGCUAGUGACAAAAGAUAAUAGUUGCUGUGCCGCCAGCUAGGAGGAGCCAAAAUAGACCA